CUUAACAUCACCUCGACAUAUCUGGACUUGAGAUCAAAGAAGAUCCCUUCUCAUCGAACAUGUCGAAACGAGCGGCCGAAGACGACGAGCCGCAAACGCUCAAAUCUGGCGAGCGACCAGUGGCGGAUGGAGGAGCUGUCGACGGGGAGGACUUUGAAGAUGAAUUCGAAGACGAGUUUGAGAGCGAAGAUGAGAUCCUAGAGGCCGGCGUGGAUGGAAGACCAGACGAGGAACGAGAAGCGGAAGAGAGAGCGGCCGGAGCCAUGGAAGUAGACCAACAGACAUUCAUCCCAGGACGACACAAAUUAGAUCCUGGCCAGACCUUAGCACCCGAUCUGUCCACCUACGAAAUGCUGCACACUCUCGAACCAACAUGGCCAUGUCUCUCCUUCGACAUCAUCAAAGACAACCUCGGCGACAACCGCAAAUCCUACCCAGCAACAGUAUACGCCGUAGCCGGAACCCAAGCCGCCCAAGGCCGCGAGAAAGAAAACCAAAUCAUGGUCAUGAAACUCUCCGGCCUCUCCCGCAACGACAAAGCCACCACCGCCCUCGACUCCGACUCGGACUCCGACGACGACGACGAAGAAUCCGCCGACUCCAUCCUCGAAACAAAAUCCAUCCCCCUCACUUCCACCACCAACCGCAUCCGCGCCCACCAAUCCCCUCCUUCUUCCUCCUCAUCCCCUGUUCCCACAACCCUCACAGCCUCCAUGCAAGAAUCCGGCGACGUCCUCAUCCACGACAUCACCCCUCACCUCCUCGCCUUCGACACCCCGGGCUACCAACUUCCCCCCAACGCCACCAAACCCCUCUCCACCAUCCGCGCCCACAAACGCAACGAAGGCUACGCCCUCGCCUGGUCGCCCUUGAUCCCCAACGGUAAACUCCUCACCGGCGACAACACGGGCUCCAUCUUCGCCACCACCCGCACUGAAGGCGGGGGUUUCGCAACGGACACGAACCCUUUCACCGGCCACACCUCUUCCGUCGAAGACCUCGCUUGGUCCCCGACCGAACGCAACGUCUUCGCCUCCGCUUCCGCCGACGGCACCGUCAAAAUCUGGGAUGCACGAUCAAAAUCCCGAUCUCCCGCCAUCUCCAUACAAGUCUCCACUUCCGACGCCAACGUGCUCUCCUGGUCCGCUCAAACCGCACACCUCCUCGCCUCCGGGCACGACGACGGGACAUGGUCAGUCUGGGACCUGCGCCAAUGGAAAUCGUCCGACACAGCAGCAAAGUCUAAAUCCGUCGCGCACUUCAACUUCCACCUCGGACAAAUCACAUCCCUGGAAUGGCAUCCCACCGACGACAGUAUUGUUUCCGUCUGUUCGGCGGAUAACACACUCACGUUGUGGGAUUUGGCGGUCGAGUUGGACGACGAGGAGAGCAAGUAUACUGCGGACGUGAAAGAUGUGCCACCGCAAUUGUUGUUUGUGCAUUAUAUGGAGGAUGUCAAGGAGGCGCAUUGGCACCCGCAGAUUCCCGGGGCGGUCAUGGCGACGGGGAAUGGAGGUUUCGGGGUGUUUAAGACGAUCAGUGUGUGA